AUUCAGAAAGCAAGAGCUAGAAGCAGCAGCAGCAGCAGCAGCAAGAACAAGCAGCUCUCUUAGAGAGAUUCAAGACAAGGAAGAAAAGCACCAAGAACGAUUUCAAAGCUGGGAAUGAAAGGAAAUAGAUCAGCAGAUCAGUUGGAGUUACCAGCUGGAUUUAGAUUUCAUCCAACAGAUGAUGAGUUGGUGAAUCAUUACUUGCUUAAGAAAUGUGGAGGCCAAUCAAUUUCUGCUCCUAUUAUUGCUGAGAUUGAUCUUUAUAAGUAUGAUCCUUGGCAGCUUCCAGAAAUGGCACUAUAUGGUGAAAAGGAAUGGUACUUCUUUUCUCCAAGGGAUAGAAAAUAUCCAAACGGUUCAAGGCCGAACCGGGCGGCUGGAACCGGGUAUUGGAAAGCAACCGGAGCAGAUAAACCCAUUGGUCGGCCCAAACCACUAGGCAUAAAAAAAGCUCUUGUAUUUUAUGCUGGUAAAGCUCCUAAAGGAAUCAAAACCAAUUGGAUCAUGCAUGAAUAUCGCCUUGCUAAUGUUGACAGGACUGCCGGCAAGAAAAAUAACCUCAGGCUUGAUGAUUGGGUAUUAUGUAGAAUAUACAACAAGAAAGGAAGCGUAGAGAAGCAUUUUCCUGCUGAAAGAAAAUCAAUAGCAAAGUAUCCAGAGAUGGAAGAGCAGAAGCCCAACAUCAGUGAAAUGUCUGGCUACCAUAAUGGAAUGUCACAAAUUGCAGCACCGACAAUGAUGAUGAGUAAUAGCAAUGACUUCUUAUAUAUGGACACAUCUGAUUCAAUUCCAAGGUUGAAUACAGACUCAAGUAGUUCAGAGCACGUGCUGUCACCUGAGGUCACAUGCGAGAAGGAGGUUCAGAGUCAGCCAAAAUGGAAUGAUCAGCUAGAUAAUGCCUUCGAUUUCAACUUCAAUUACAUUGAUGAUGGCUUCCAAGAUUACCCUUUUGCUUCACAAGAUCAGUUCCAAUUGGACCAGCUCUCACCUUUGCAGGACAUGUUCAUGUAUUUACAGAAGCCAUUUUGAUUUUACUCACAGAAAAGAAAGAAGAAAAAAGAAUAGGGUUCUUGAUGUGUGCCCAGUGGCCAUUGCAUUUUAGUUUCAUAGGUAGAAAUAGUAUAGAACAUUGUUGUAUUCUUGCAUGUGGCCCAGGACAAUCUUUGUCUGGAGUCUGCAGAUGUAGUUUAACAGUUGUGGGAAAUCUUGGGGGAUUGAUCAGUGUCAGAAAAUAUUUUUUUAUAUAUACAUAUAUAUCAUGGACGAAA